AUGAGAACCUUCCAGUUUGUGUCAGCAACUGCCGCCUUGACGACGCCGUGUUUGCUCGGCGGCCCCGGGCUCGCGCCGCCGCCGCCCGCCGCGGGGGUGCCGGCUGGGGUGCCCCCCGCGCCCGCCCGGCGUCCCGGCCUCCGGGGCAGCCGCGAAGUCCGACCCCGGCUUUCCGGCCGCGUUUUCAAGUCCGUAGUGGAAAAACCCGCGCGGCGCCACGUCGUAGCCACGGGCGGGGAGGGCGCCGGGCCUGCGAGUCCCCACGCGGGCCAGACUCGCGCGGGGGCUGGAGGGGGCAAGGACGCCGCGUCCGAGGGUGACGCCAGGCAUCUCCCGGGCGACGGCCCCGCAACAAGAUGGCGGACGAUAAAGAAAGGGAAGGCACAGGUAAGAGCCGCCCGCCGCUACCCGGGCCCGCACUGGCGCGCCGGGCGGGGCGCCACGCCGGCGGCUGCCGGGCUGCAGACACCUGGGGCGGCCCGGGGGAAGGACCGGCUCUGGCCGCCCGCGUCCGGCGGACCCUCGGGCCGCGCCGAAGCCCCGCCCGGCGGGAACGCGCCCGCCGCCUCCAUUUUGCCUGUUCGGUGGGGACCCUCGGAAACGCGCGCCCGUGGGGGGCUGGUCGGAGCACCCGCGCUCGGCCGCGUGAGGAGGGCCGGAGAGCAGCACGGAGGCGGCGGCUGGGCUGCGGGCGCGCCGGCGGAACCCUGGCCGUCCAAGUUGAGCGGCGACCCUGGACGUUGUGCCAGUGCCAACCCGAGCCUCGGGCCCCUUCCUCGGUCGCUCAAAAAGAUAGCCGUAGCAGAAUAUCACAAAAAAAUCAAGGAGGCUUUUGAAGUGUUUGACCAUGAGGCGAAUAAUACAGUGGAUGUGAGAGAGAUCGGAACAAUUGUCAGGUCGCUAGGGUGCUGCCCCAGUGAAGGACAGCUGCAUGACCUGCUCGCAGAGGUAGAGGAAGAAGAACCCACUGGAUACAUUCGAUUUGAAAAAUUUCUUCCAGUGAUGACCAAAGUACUACUGGAGCGAAGAUACAGACCAAGUCCAGAAGAUAUGCUUCUUCGAGCGUUUGAGGUGUUAGAUCCAUCUAAACGUGGAUUUCUGACUAGGGAAGAACUGAUCAAGUAUAUGACUGAAGAAGGUGAGCCUUUUUCUCAGGAAGAAAUGGAAGAAAUGCUGUCUGCUGCCAUUGACCCAGGAUCGAAUUCCAUUCAUUACAAGGACUACAUAGCCAUGAUGGUGGUGGACGACAGCUAGAUGCUGGAGACGUAAUUUCUCACCGAAAGGAUGACCGUAGAGAUGGCCUGUCCCUGUUAAUUUCACAUCUUCUAAUUCCUACACAUGCUAAUUAAUGCCCAGUGACAACUAUUUCACAAUACUUUGUUUUUUGAAGAUGAACACAAAUUUAUUUGGUAUGUCUGCCUUAUGGAAUGACCA